CUGCUCCGCGGGGUUGCGCGGGAAGGGAAGGGAAGGGAAAGGGAAGGUAGGGCACUGCGCCGCCGUGCGCGCCCGCGGGGCACCGCGGGGCCACUCCGAGUGCGGGACAUCCACACCGCAGAGCUGCGGCCACAGCCAACGCCCCGCAGCUCCCCCCAAAACCGGCGACUUUGGCUCAGCUUCUCCUCUAUGUUUAGGGCAGAGUUUCACAGUUCCUUCUUUCCUUUUCCUUUUUUUGUAUCCAUUUCUUUUCUUUUGCCUUUUUAUUUUUGCCCCUCUUCUCCCCCCCCCCCCUAUUUUUUUUUUUUUGUUUCUUUUUUUAUCUUCUUUUCUUCUUCCCUUUAUUUUUUCCUCCUCCCGUCCCUGGGCAGGGAGGUGCGGCCCAGCCCGGCCGGCCGCCUGGGCCCGGCAGGUUGUCUGCCGCGAUCGCAGCGCGGGGGGGAAGGCUCCGGCCCCCCUGCCGCUGUCCGUCCCCACGCCGCGCUGCCCACUUGCUUUUCCGCUCCUGCAUUUGGGGGAGAACCGCUGGGUUGCUGCAGGCAGCCGGUGGUCUCCGGGAGCCGGAGCCUACGGGCCCCGGAGAGCUCCCGGGAAAGAACCGGGGGAGAAGCCGGGCAGGGCCAGGCGCCGGGGGAGAGGCGGCGGGGCGCGGGCAGGGGCUGCGGGCAGGCCCUGGCGUUGCCUUUGCCCUGUCAUUGCCGCCCCGCGGCCGCUGACCUCGCCCCGCUGGGCCGCUCUCCCCUCUCUCCCCAGGGCUCGCCCUACGACCACACGCCGGGCAUGGCCGGUUCCCUGGGGUACCACCCGUACGCGGCGCCGCUCGGCUCCUACCCCUACGGGGACCCCGCGUACCGCAAGAACGCGACGCGGGACGCCACGGCCACCCUCAAGGCCUGGCUCAACGAGCACCGGAAAAAUCCCUACCCCACCAAGGGCGAGAAGAUCAUGCUGGCCAUCAUCACCAAAAUGACCCUCACCCAGGUCUCCACCUGGUUCGCCAACGCGAGGCGGCGGCUCAAGAAGGAGAACAAAAUGACCUGGACCCCACGAAACCGCAGCGAGGACGAGGAGGAAGAAGAGAACAUCGACCUGGAAAAGAACGACGAGGACGAGCCUCAGAAACUGGAGGACAAGGGGGACCCCGCGACUCCGGACACAGGAGCGGCGGAUCCCAAGGCAGCGCCGGGCUGCGAGCGCCUCCAGGAGUCCCCCGGCCCCCGGGAGGCCGAGAGCGGCCUCAGCGACUCGGAUUGCAAAGAGCUAGCGGAGGAGAGGCUCGACGGGCCGCCCGGCCCCCACAAGGCGCCCGGUGCUUCCCCGCUGGGACCGUGCCCGGCGGGCCGCGGGCCGCCGCCGGCGGGCGGCGAGGAGCCCCCGCCGUACCGCCCUCCCUCCGCCGCCGCCGGGCCGCCGCACGCCGCCGACCUGCACCCGCUGCUGCCCGCCGCCACCGGCGCCUCCGUCAUCCACUCGCCGCAGCAGGCGGCCCUCGCCAAGCCCAAGCUCUGGUCGCUGGCCGAGAUCGCCACCUCGGCGGACAAGGCUAAGGAGGCCGGCGGCGAGGCGGCACCCCCCGGCCCCGCCGUGCUGGCCGGUGGCGGCCCGUCCCGCUCGCCGCCGCGGCCGCGCUCUCCGGCCGCGCAGUGCCCCUUCCCCAACGGGGCGGUCCUGCCCCGGCCGCUCUACUACACGGCGCCCUUCUACCCCGGCUACACGAACUACGGCUCCUUCGGGGCCCUGCACGGGCACCCGGCCGGCGGCCCCGCCGCAGCAGCCCCCGGCGCCCACUUCAAUGGAUUAAAUCAGACUGUCCUCAGCAGAGCCGAGAGCCUGGCUAAAGACACUAAAAUGAUCAGGAGCCAGUCCCAAGUAGACCUUUGCAAAGACUCACCUUACGAACUGAAGAAAGGUAUGUCCAACAUUUAAUAUCGGCUUCUCCUCCCUAACCCCUUCUGGGACUGUGGUUCUGUUCCUUUUCUUUUUAUUUUCUUUUUUUUUUUUUUUUUUUUUUUUAUUUUUCCUUUUUUAAUUUAUUUGAGAGAAAUAAUAAAUUGCUUUGGCAGUUAUUUUUCCAGUACCAAAAGAAAAACAAAACAAACAGAAAAAGACCAGCUCCCCCCUCCCUCCCAGCACCCUCUUCAAAAGUUUAUAAGAGUCUAUUUGAAAUGGCUGGGUCGAAACCACCCAGAAAUGUCUUAAGCAAGUGAAAAGCAAAUGAGUGACACGCUCUCUCACACACACACAAAGAAGAAAGAUUUGUAUUAAAUCUUAUUCUGUAUAUUUAAUGUAGCUUUUUUGUAUUUAAAUUGAUAAUACAGUAUCUUUGAAGUAAAUUAUGAAAUCAAGACAACUGUACAGGCAUUAAUGUUGUUUUCGUAAUAUAAAUAUAUACAUUUCUGUGUCUUUUUCCGAAUUGUUUCAUAGUUUUAAAAUAUAUAUAUACAAGUUUAAUUUAAUUUUUUAUGCCUAUUGUUUUUUUUUCCCUUGGGUGUGAGUUAAACUAUAAUGCAAAAACGAGACAAAAAAAAAGGAAAUAGGUUAUACGUAUUAGAUUAAAAAACAAAACAAAACAAACUUGCAGCCGCCUUUGUAAAAUGCAAAUAUUUAAUUAAAAGAGAUUUUUAACAGAAUCAAAACCACUCUCUUUUUGCAACGGGCAGACAUGUGCAUAGCUGCGGAAAAAUAAAAGCACGUCUUAAAUGAGACGCGGGGCUCCACUGAGGACCUCACAGUAGUACCUGAAGCCUUUUUGGAAGUGGCAGGAAAUUUUUAAAAGGUCGGGGGCUCCGGAAGCGAGAGCCGGCCGCGGGGCCAGGAGAGGCGGCGGCAGCGGGACGGGGCAGGGUGCGGGAGGGACGCUGUUCCCAGAGGUGAAGGCUUAAAUCAGGCCACGCACAAAAGCACUUGUUAGAAACACCAAAUCGAAGCGCAGUCCCAUCUUUUAACCUAAUUACUUCCAAUCAGUGUCGUGUUUUAUGCAAAGCAAUCAGCUGGUGAACUUUGCUAAUGAGUUCGAUUUUCUGCCAGAUUUAGCCCGCGUCGCUGCAGCAGCGGUGCUGCGGCGGCAGCCGGGGCCGCCGACUGCCCGGGCAAAUGCGCUCGGUGCGGCGGGGGCGGCCGUGGCCCCU